AUGACAGAAGGAGGAAUUUGCCAUAGAUCUCCACCUGCAAGAAGCGGCCAUCGUUGCGUGGCCGAUAAUGCCAACUUGUAUGUGUUUGGAGGCUACAAUCCUGACUAUGAUGAGUCUGGUGGGCCAGAGAAUGAAGACUACCCGCUCUUCAGGGAACUCUGGCGGUACAACUUUGCUACAGACACCUGGCAUCAAAUGGGCACUGAAGGCUACAUGCCCAGGGAACUAGCCUCCAUGUCACUUGUAUUGCAUGGCAACAACCUGCUUGUGUUCGGGGGCACCGGGAUCCCCUUUGGGGAGAGCAACGGCAACGAUGUCCACGUCUGCAACGUCAAGUACAAAAGAUGGGCUCUGCUCAGCUGUCGAGGGAAGAAACCCAAUCGCAUCUAUGGGCAGGCCAUGGCCAUCAUCAAUGGUUGUCUCUAUGUGUUUGGAGGAACAACUGGUUACAUUUAUAGUACUGACCUACAUAAGCUAGACCUCAACACGAGAGAGUGGAUCCAGCUGAAACCAAACAAUAUGUCCUGUGACAUGCCAGAGGAGAGAUACAGACAUGAAAUCGCACAUGAUGGUCAACGGAUUUAUAUCUUGGGAGGUGGAACCUCCCGGACAGCUUAUUCCUUAGAUAAGAUCCAUGCGUACAACCUGGAAACCAACACCUGGGAGGAAAUUGCCACAAAACCUCAUGAAAAAGUUGGCUUCCCAGCAGCCAGAAGAUGCCAUAGCUGCGUUCAGAUAAAAAAUGAUGUGUUCGUUUGUGGAGGCUACAACGGAGAAGUGAUUCUGGGAGACGUUUGGAAGCUGAGUCUGCAGACUUUCCAGUGGGUCAAGCUCCCAGCUGCCAUGCCAGAACCAGUCUAUUUUCACUGUGCUGCUGUCACACCAGCUGGCUGCAUGUAUGUUCAUGGAGGGGUGGUCAACAUCCAUGAAGACAAACGGACUGGCUCUCUGUUUAAAAUGUGGCUGGUGGUGCCCAGCCUGCUGGAACUGUCAUGGGAGAAGCUCCUGGAGUAUUUCCCUCAUCUAGCAACUCUCUCCAGAGCUCAGCUUUUGCACCUUGGACUGACGCAGGGACUCGUUGAGCGACUAAAAUGAGAACAUCUCGUGCUUCUGUCCAACACACAUUACGUUCAAGAAGCCCCCUAUUUAUGGAUACUGUGGAUGCUCUUGCUAAGAACGUGGAGGAACCUGCUCAACGCCUUACUCGGCAAAUACAUCGAUGCCUUUCUAGAAAUUUUUACUUUUAAGUUGUUGAAAAUCCACUUUUAAUUUAUGAAUCUUUAAAUUACACCGUGAAUCAAAAGUACUCUCUGGGACUAAUCCAUAGCAUCAGCCAUCAAACUGUCAUCAGCACAUGCUUAUGAUUUAACUGGGGACAGGGGGCAGCUUUGCAGAUGUCUGAGCCUGUGCUUACCCUGGGCACGUUCAACUUGAUAUUUUCACAAGAUGUAUCUAAGGGAGGGUGUUCAGUGCAGAACAGCCGACCUGUUCUCUCGCUUUGUAGCCCCUUAACACUCAUCCCCUUAACACCCAGCUGAGCUCUCCCUCUAUAAAACCAAGAACUCCUUCUGCUUGAAGGCUUUGCAUGCAUUCCAUGGGCAUGUUCCCAUCUCUUUGAGCUUCAGAAGACAGCUGGAACGUCGCACGGGGCAGCAGGUGAAGCUUUGCCUGUGCAGCUUUUUGGGUGCAGCGUGCAGUGAUUUGAAACACUCAGUGUCUGUGUUCCUCACCUUUUCACAUUGAAAGGUUUGCUUGGAAGACUUGUUAAAAAUUACCAAUAAUGGACUACUGUGUAGCUUACUCAGGGUGGUGAGGGGAGGGGAAGAGGUUUUGACGAAUCUUUUUUUAACCUUUUCUGCUCAUUUUGCACUCUGAACAAGCUAACAGUGAAAGCUCACCCCACAGAUUUCAGAGCUGGCUGCAGCAUGUCGUACCCAGCGCUUUGGUGUGAGCCACCCCUGCCAGCUCAGGGCCUGGUUAUCAGCACCUGACUAACAUGUACGUGUAAGCUUUUUUGUUUUCCUUUUCUAGUUAGCUUCAUGUUCCUCCAGGGGUGGAGGAUGUGAUUGCUGCAUGUGGUUUUAACAUAGAUCCUUGGAAACUCAUGGAGCACUUGUCCCAGGAAACAGCAUCCAAAAUACCCCUCCUCUUGCUGGGAGCAGUGGUCACCUCUGCAGAGGCAGGAGAGGAGGGGAUGUCUGUCUAAUUCUUGUCUUGCUUUACUUCAUAUACUGUGAAAUUCACUCUAGAGCCCGUGUGUAAGUGACCAUUGAACUCUGAGCAGCUCCACUCAAAAUCGUGCAAAAUCUUUCCUUUGAAGACCAUUUUUAAGUGUCUUAUUUUUUUUUAAUCAGGUUUUCCUGGUACCUUCCCCUUUCAAAGGCAAGGGUUAAAGUGGAGUUUUAGUUUCUUUUUAAGAGAUUGCAUUUCUGUUUAAAUAAACCAGAGCAUUGUCUUGUUAAUCUGAACAGCACUGGCUGAUUGAGCCACUGUUCCACCUUUUAGGGAGCACCUACCCCUGAUACUCAGUUGAAGUGUUAACGCUUCCCCCCAUGUUAAGCUUCCCCUGUUCCUGGGGAUAGAUUUUCCCCCUUCUGUAGCCUCAGUUGCUGCUUUUCUCCAAAGCCCAGCAAAAUCAAGGUUGGGCAUCCUAGCUGAAGCAUUCCUUGCUGCUUGCUGCAGCAGCCCACUGCUCCUGGCUCCGGAGCUGAGCCCAGACCUGCUCUCUAGCCCCUGGCUUGUGUUGUCCUCAGCUGCAGGACCAUGGCAUGGGGCAUCAAGGGGAGCUGGGCUUUUCUCCAGCUCCUUCUUCUAGCCUGAACUCAGUGGCUUUCACCUCUUCUUGCAGAGGCUGAAGGUCUGAACUUAAUCUUUGCCCUGGUUCUUCCCUCCUCUACUUUAAAGAGCACCUCCCAUCAUCACCAAGGCAACAUUACAGCCAUCCAAGCCUGGAUCUCUGAUCAAAUUCCUUAAGCUCUAAUGUCUUUCUCACUUCAGCAGCCUGACAGUGGCAGCCCCGAGCUUUCCCCCUCGAUGUGAACACAGUGAAGAGGCAAAGUGGUGGGUGUUGGUCAGGGAAACAUCUGGCUUCAGCCCAGCUCCAUACUGACACCUCUAACACUGUCACUUCACUUCAGAUCUUGCCAUGGAACACGGACAGCCACCCAGGCAGGACAAUACAGCCCUUGACAUCCCUCCGCAGUGCUGGGUCACCCAAACACAAGUGCCCAAACCUCUUCCACAGGCUGGACCACUGCCUGUGCCAUCCCAGAGCCUGCCUGCACCCUCUGCCCACAGAAUAAAGGGCCAGGGACUUGUUUUUGUUGAUAAAAACAUAUAAACAUCAUCCACUGACAGGAGUCCAGGGACCUCUCCCCUCCCACUUACCUGGGGUGGCUGCUUCAUGAUGGGCACAAAAUCUCAGAGGCUGCUCUUCCUAA